GAAGGUGCUCAGCCUCCUCCCCGCACACUGCCGCCUCUCCCACAAGAGUCUGAAAACGUUCCAGAACAUGUGGGCGAAUAACGGAGAUGCCAUCAGCAGGCAGUACGCGGGCACAGCUGCCAUGAAGAGUGACUUCACUCGAACCGGAGAGAGUAAAUUUUCGGGGGCAAUGAAGGAUGGUUGUCGAUCGGCCAACAGAUAUUACCUCCACCACUUCAGACACGCGUACAGGCAGACUGUGAUCGAUCUGAUGCACGGGGCUCAAUUGAGCAUAAACAUCCAGGCGCUGAUCGGAAAGCAGAAGCCCGCAAGAGCUUUGCUCGUUAAGGAACAGCAGAAACUAAAGAAGCAGGAGAUCGAAGUUUUAAUCAGCAGCUUUAGUGCACUCCUGAUACCACUGACCGAGGCGUUCUUGGGAGGCUGGCUGUUUGUUAGCUGUAAUCCAAGGUCUAUCAGACGCUCAUUGUUUUGA